UAGAAACUUGUGAACAAUGGGCGUAGCUAUCUUCGGAUUCAAGAUUAUCGACGAUGACGGGUGCAUUAGUAUGAAACUAGUGAGGGAGAUUAUAGCAGAGAUGCUGGGAACAUUCUUCCUAAUCAUCCUAGGAUGUGGAGGUGUACAGGGUGCUAUUACUGACAAACCCGCGGACGAAAUCUUGGGAUCUGCCAGAAUUCUUCAAAUCGGAUUCGCUUUCGGUCUAGGUAUUGGUGGAAUAGUACAUCUCUUUUCUGACAUCAGUGGAGGACAACUCAACCCCGCUGUUUCAUUCGGACUCUUCUUUGCUCGUAAACUCUCUCUGUACCGUGCUGCUAUCCUCUCUGUUGCUCAGAUCAUUGGUGGAAUCAUCGGUGCUGUGGUCCUGAAGAUUGUGUUCGGCAGUACUCCAGGAGUAGUCGCCAUGUCCGUCUCCGGAUUUAAAGGACUGAUUCUUGAGUUCCUCGGUGCUCUCUUCCUGGUUCUGACUGUCCUGGCUACUAUUAAUGACAAGAGAGGGCACGCUGCUGGGUACCUCCAACCCCUUUCUAUCGGUAUCGCUAUCUUUGUCGCUCACAUGUUCCUCAUUCCUUUGACUGGAUGUGGAAUUAACCCUGCCCGAGCCCUCGCUACCAACAUUGUAGCUGGAGAGAUUAAGGGAGACUUCUACGCUUACAUUCUUGGGCCCAUCCUCGCAUCUGCUAUUGGUGGUCUCGUCUACGAGUUCGUCUUCAACCCCCACUACGCCUCCGCUUACGAAGGCAUUGAGAAUGGAGAAGGAGAGGAGAUGAAAUAGAAAGUGAUAAUGCUGUUUGUCGUCAUGACAACAAGCUAAUGCACGCAUUAGAAUACUAUGGAUGUUGAGUGAAGGUGUGAGAGCAGUUUUGUAGGCUGGACGGGAAUGUCGGUUAUGUUAUAAUCUUAUUUUAAAUUUGGUAAACACUUAACUUUUUCUUUGGAGGCGUGGAUGGAGUGGAUAAUCAUUUGGUAUACGAAAUAUUUGCUUUAUUUUCGUUAGGGUAUAAUUGGCGCGCGCGAUGAACUUUGUAAAUGUUAAACUGAGAUGUUUUCUUCUCUUUUUGUUUCCAUUUAAAUUGUUAUUCAGAUUUUGUUUUUUGUUGUUGUUGUGAAGCCAUAGUAAAUCUCAAGUUGACAAAAACUUUUGGCUGUGAUUUGAAACAAUUUUCAUGAAAAUCGCUUUCGAUCAUUUAAGUCUUAAUUUUAUGUUAUCUUUGGGGAUUUUUCAUACUGGGCUGCUAGUGGCAUGAGGAACAUUUUCUUUAGUUUUAUUAAGAGACUUAUUUUUGUCUGUUGCCAAUAACAACAGUACUACGUUUGUACUUAGUAUUUUUAAUCUGCACUGUAUCUCCAUUAUUGUUUAUGCAUGAUUAUGCACUAAAUUUUCAUUCAGUUUUACAACUUAUGUUUUGUUGAAACGUUGGUAUGCUGAAUGGUUACUUAUUGCCAUGGUUACUUAACCAUGGUUACCAUGGUUACUUAUUACUCUUUGAUGAAUGAUAAUCUGUUUACUAUAACUUUUGAUUUUAGGCUUUGGUCCUUUUUAAAAGUUUGAGCAGUACGACAGGAUGUUGUGAAUUAAAAAAAGAGGAACUGUUAUAUUUAGAAAUAUUUUGAACAAACAUAGAUUUUGAACUGA